AUGGUCCUGGAAGGGCUGGUGGGGCGCAGGGAUGUCCUCCCGAAUGCUGAAGUUCCCCCAACCCUGACCCUGACCCCACGGAGCAGAGGUCUGAGGAACCUGUCCUACGCCGACCUCAUCACCAAAGCCAUCGAGAGCGCCCCGGACAAGCGGCUCACGCUCUCGCAGAUCUACGACUGGAUGGUCCGUUACAUGCCCUACUUCAAGGAUAAAGGCGACAGCAACAGCUCGGCCGGCUGGAAGAACUCCAUCCGGCACAACCUGUCGCUGCACACCCGUUUCAUCCGCGUGCAGAACGAGGGCACCGGCAAGAGCUCGUGGUGGAUGCUGAACCCCGAGGGCAGAAAGACGGGCAAGACCCCGCGGCGCAGGGCCACGUCCAUGGACAACGGGGCCAAGUUCCUGUGCAUCAAAGGCAAGGCAAGCAAGAAGCAGCAGCUGCAGGCACCUGAGCGAAGCCCCGACGACAGCCCCCCUAGCGCACCAGCCCCGGGGCCCUUGCCUGCCGCGGCCAAGUGGGCCACCAGCCCGGCCUCACACGCCAGCGACGACUAUGAGGCGCGGGCCGACUUCCGCGGUGGCGGGAGACCCCUGCUAGGGGAGGCGGCCGAAUUGGAGGACGACGAGGCCCUGGAGGCCCUGGCGCCAUCGUCGCCGCUCAUGUACCCGAGCCCGGCGAGCGCGCUGUCGCCCGCGCUGGGUGCGCGCUGCCCGGGGGAGCUGCCCCGCCUGGCCGAGCUGGGAGGCCCGCUGGGUCUGCACGGCGGCGGCGGCGGCGCGGGGCUGCCCGAGGCCCUGCUGGACGGCGCGCAGGACGCGUACGGGCCGCGGGCCCGCGCCGGGACGCCCGCCUACUUCGGGGGCUGCAAGAGCGGUGCUUACGGCGGGGGCGGGGGCGGGGGCUUCGGGCCGCCGGCGUUGGGCGCGCUGCGCCGCCUGCCCAUGCAGACCAUCCAGGAGAACAAGCAGGCCAGCUUCGCGCCGGCGGCCGCGCCCUUCCGCCCCGGGGCGCUGUCCGCGCUGCUGCCGCCGCCGCCGCCCGCGCCCAGGCCCGGCCCGGUGCUGGGAGCGCCCGGGGAGCUGGCGCUGGCGGGCGCGCCCGCCGCCUACCCGGGCAAGGGGGCGGCCCCAUACGCGCCGCCUGUGCCCUCGCGCAGUGCCUUAGCCCACCCCAUCAGCCUUAUGACGCUGCCCGGCGAGGCGGGCGCCCCGGGCCUGGCGCCGCCGGGCCAUGCGGCCGCCUUCGGGGCCCCGCGCGGCGGCCUCCUGCUGGACGCGCUGCCCGGGCCGUACGCGGCCGCCGCUGCCCGGCCGCUGGGUGCCGCGCCCGACCGCUUCCCGGCCGACCUGGACCUCGACAUGUUCAGCGGGAGCCUCGAGUGCGACGUCGAGUCCAUCAUCCUCAACGACUUCAUGGACAGCGACGAAAUGGACUUCAACUUCGACUCGGCCCUGCCUCCGCCGCCGCCCGGCCUGGCCGGGGCCCCGCCCCCCAACCAGAGCUGGGUGCCGGGCUGAGGGCCGCUUCCCGCGCCCCGGGUGCCUGCCCCGCCCCAAGGGGCCUCUGUCUUCCCAUCCUGAUCCCCGGGACCCCACCCCCGAUUCCAGCUCCGCGGGAGGAUCCAGGAGGCAGCCCCAGCCCAGCUAGAGACAUCCCUCAGAAGUUGACCGCUGAAGGAAGU